GACGCACCUCCUCAGUAGCUCGGGGGGGGGGGGCUCGGAGGGUCGGGGGCUCGGGGGAGCCCUAACUCGGUAGAGGCCGGACCUUGCUGUCUGCGGUCCUUCUUUCCUUUGACGCCCAGUUGUAUUUGCCCCACAGUUGGGCUUUGGCCCAGGAUCGCAGGUGACUGGGGUCGGGGAGGGAGUUGGCCGCCGGCCGGGGAGUCGCGCGCUCGCGCGUGCGCACGACACCAACCGGCUCCCACGCGCCGGAACUCCGCUCCUGGACCAGAGGGAUGGAAGAGCUCCGCUGCCCCGAAGCCAAGCUGGCGCCACCAGAGGUAGUCAUAGCUACCGAACCCCCGCCACCCUCUCUUGUGGAUCGAUACUUCACUCGCUGGUAUAAAGCGGAUGUUAAAGGAAAACCCUGUGAGGACCACUGUAUACUCCAGCACUCCAACCGAAUAUGUGUCAUCACACUGGCAGAAUCUCAUCCCGUUCUCCAAAGUGGCAAAACCAUUAAAAGUAUUUCCUAUCAGAUCAGUAACAAUUGUAGCAGACUCGAGAACAAAGUAUCUGGGAAAUUUAAGCGGGGGGCACAGUUUCUAACAGAGCUUGCGCCUCUGUGUAAGAUAUACUGUUCUGAUGGCGAAGAAUAUACCAUAUCUAGCUGUGUUAGAGGUCGAUUGAUGGAAGUGAAUGAAAACAUUCUUCAUCAGCCAUCUCUUCUUCAAGAAAAGCCAUCCACUGAAGGCUACAUUGCAGUUGUACUUCCCAAAUUUGAAGAAAGUAAAAGCGUAACAGAAGGGUUGCUGACACAGGAACAGUAUGAAGAGGUUGUGGUAAAACGCACUAAUGCCACAGCCACCAUGCCCUGAGUCUUGCAGUGGAGGCAGCACAGGAUUGUCAACCUACCUGGCCUAAACCAUCACUGCCCCGAAGACAGCCAGUGUGUAUGAAGCAUUCCUCGCCUCCGCCUAGCCGAGGGAGAAGCCUAAACCUUCACCUAGCCUAAUUUCCCUCCUGUGUCUUACAUCACAAGCCUUGGUCCUGUCUGUCUUCAGGCUCUCAGACCUGCCUUGCCCAGGCACUUGCUUUGUGUGCUGGGAAGUGCACUCAUGGAUGUUCACUUGCAUAUACAUCAGAAAACAACUUGAAGUGCUUUUUUACCUUUGUUAAGGACAGUUUCUCAUUGGCUUGGAACUUUGCCAGAUAAUCAAGUACUUCCAGGGAGGUACCUGUGUCCUCUGCCUCCCACCGUCCAAGGCUGGUAUUACAAGUACACACCACCAUGCCCUGCUUUAUAUGGGCCUGGAAACCCAAACUCUCGGCUUCGUGCUUUCAAGGUGUAUUAGUUACUGUUCCGUUGCUGUGAUAAAAUACCACAGCCAAAAGCAACUUCAAAAAGAGUUUAUCUGGGCUUGUAGGUCAGAGGACUAGAUGCCACAGCAGCAGGAAGGCAAGCUAGCCAGAGCAGGAAGCUAAGAGAUCCCAUCCCUACCACACCAAGAGCAGAGUGAACUGGAAGGAGAAUGAGGUUAUAAACUGCCCCUGGUGAUACAAUUCCUCAUCAAGACUUCCUGUCCUAAAAGUCCCAUAAGCUCCCCAAAACAGUACCACCAACUGGGGACCAAGUGCUCAAAUACCUAAGUGUAUAGGGGGUCAUUUUCAUUCAAUCUACAACAUUCUUCGCAUAAUGGCUAUAGGCUCAUGGUCAAGUCAUGCAAAAUGUAGUUAGUCCAUGCAAGAUGUAGUUAGUCCAAUAUCAAAAGUUCCCACACUGGCUAAUAGUCUCAUUGCUGUUCCAAAGACUCUUCAGAGACUCAACGCAAUCUCUUGUUGCCCCUGUAAAUCAGAAAGCCAGGAACGUACUUCCAAUGUACAAUGGCACAGAAUAUAUAUUCCCAUUCCAAAAGGAAGGGAUGAUGGCAUAGUGAGGAAAUAUUGGACCAAAGAAUAAAAGCAGCAUGAUGAAGGCCAGACCCUGCAGCUCUGUAUCCUCUAAGGGUUUAGUUUCUGAGGUGCCUCUGACCCACCAGCACUGUUGCCUGUAACAGAUCGUUCUCUGGUGAUUCUGCUCUAUGCAGCUCUUCCUUGGCAGAUGUCUCACAGCUUGUAUUUCCAGUGUCUUGAGAUUUGUGCCACAACCCAAAUUUUACCUUGACAGCUUCACAGUGGCCUCUCAUGGCCUUCUUGCAGAAACUGUCUCUGCUACAUUUCCUGGCUUCAGUGACUUUCUGAAGCUAGGAAGAAUCCAUUUUUCAUUCUUGCAUCUUUCAUUCCUGCAAAUCUAGUACCAUGUGGAAAAUAUUUGAAAAAUAGACUGUUAGCUUUCAGUGCCUUUGGUCACGUCCACAGCAGCUCUUGUAUGGUGUUGCUUUCUCUGAGCAAACAGCCAGGUUCUUAACGCUGUCUUUCAGAGUGGAGGUUUAUCUGAAAGGAUUCUCUCCUUGACCAACUCCCACUGUCCCAGUGUUGAGCAAGAGACUUUUUUAAAAACUUUAUUGAUUCUCUGUUUCAUAUCAUGCACCCCAGUCCCACUCAUCUCCCUGUUCCCUCAUAACAGCCCUUCGCCCUUGCAACCUCCUCCCAAAAUAAAAGGCACACACACAUGAACAAGACAGAGCUUAGAAAAUAUCUCAUUGUGGAAACUAGAAUAUCAGAGUGUGCCCCACAGUCUAUACACAUCUGUCUAUGCAUCCUCACUUGCAAAUAUUCCAGUGAAUGGUUGGUCUGGUUUGAGAUCUCUGACUUCUAUGGCACCGUCAAUACCGCAUCCUCAUCGGAUCUCUGCCCAGCUAUUCUGUUGUUGCUCUGUGUCAUGGAGAUCCUGCAGCUUUGGAACAGCAGGCCUGGCCCUUUCACAGAUGGAAAAGAUUUUGGGGUGGGCCAAUUCAGAGUCCUAGACCUGAGCCUGAGGUAGCUCUUCCACCUCUUCCUUAUCUGUACCACCUGGAGGGGCCCUUUUUCUUUUUUAAAUGUGUGAGCACUUUGCAUGUACAUCUGCAUGCUAGAAGAGGGAAUCCUUUUACAGAUAGUCAUGAGCCACCCUGUGGUUGCUGGGAAUUGAACUCAGAACCUCUGAAAGAAUGGUCAGUGUUCUUAAUCACUGAGCCAUCUCUCCAGCCCAAACCAGGGGACUUUUAAUAGCCCUAAUCUCUAGUAAUAGCCAUCUUUCUCAAUACAUGCCUCCAAGGUCAUUUAAGUCAAUAUUAAGCCUCUCUGCUCUCUUCACCAAGCUGUACACUUGGUAUUGCCCCCCAACAUGCUUGUUGUCGUUGAUCAACACCAUACUGUCUUGAAAUAGCUAGUGUCAGAGAAAUCAGACCAUUACUUUUUAAUUAAGCUUCAUGCCAAACCUCAGGACUUGGAUAGAAAGCAGCCAGAUUCUUUGCCAAAGGGUCACAUAAAUGGCCUCUAGCUACUUUGCUAAUAGAUUGUUUCCCUCCAAAGCCCCAGGAGCCAGGCCUCUACUGUGUAUAUUAUUCCCAGCACUACAGUCUUCUAGGUUAAAAACAGCAAGUGCUGUUCCACAGUGCUCUCAGCAUUCUACCAUUUUUGUGGUCCAAUGUUCCAGAGUUCCACAUUUCCAAAAAAACCAAACCAUCAUGGUCACAUCCUUUCACAUCAUCACUCUCACUUGGUCACAUCAUCACUCUCACUUGUGGGUCACAUCAUCACUCUCACUUAUUGGUAGCUUCUGUAUUAGCUGUAUUGGUUGCGUAUCUGUUGCUGAGAUAAAACACCAUGACCAAAAGCAACUCAAGCAUUUAUCUUGGCUUACAGCCUCAGGGAGCUAGAUGCUCAUGGCAGCAGGCACAAGAAGCUGAAAUACCACAUCAGCACACACUAGAAGCACACAAUGACAUGCCUCCUCCAGCAACUCUUAAAAGUUCAUAACACCCCCCAACAACAGCAUCACUAGCUAGGGACCAAGUAUUCAAAUACUUGAGACCAAGGCAUUCUUCAGUCUACAGCAGGAGGCAAACACUACACUGACUGAGCCAUUUCUCCAGCCUCUCUUGCUGCCCUAACAAAUGACAAAUAAGGAAUGCUUUUCUGACUAAAAAAACACAAAGCUCUUGAGAAAUAUUAUGAAGUUUUAUAGUUCUGUAACUAGGGAAUAAACUGUUAAUAAACCGUUCUUGAAUGCUGUGGCACACAUCAA